AAUUUUAAAUUUGUAAUUUUCAGUAGAUAAUCUAGAUAUAAUUUUUUUGUAGAUUAAAAUGGAUCAAUGUAAUAAAAUUGUGCCACCACAUCUGAAUGCCGAAGUGUACCGUACUGAUACGACUGGAACCAGUUCUUUUGCCUACUUAGAAUACAUACGCAUACACGCUGAUGGUACAGUAUUUAUAGGAUGUUCAGAAUUAACUGGCCGUUAUUGGACUGGGGCAGCUAGCCUAUUCAAAAAUGUUGGUGAAGCAAAAAAUGUAAAUGAAACAAAUAAAGAUUUGUGGCUUACAAGCGGUACUGCUGAUGGCUGUUUUAUGGAAAAUUCUGAUAAGGUCAUAAUAUGUGAAGACAAUGGUUCAAUGAGUAUUUUCUCCAAAAAGAAUCAAGAAGAUAAUGCAUGGUCAAUACGGGUAAAAGAAAUGUCAGUAGCAGAGCAUGAUGACUCUAUUAUGGCUAUAGACUGUUUGGAACCUGGCUUUGAAUAUGUGACAGUAGGGGCUGAUGGGAAUGCAAAGAUAUGGGAUGUGAAAGAGAUGACUUGUGUUAGAAAUUACAAGGCAGCACACAGUAAACAAAUAUAUGGAGUAUCAGUUCGGCCAAAAUCAACAACAACAUUUGCCACAGCAUCUAUGGAUGAAUAUAUGUCUUUGUGGGAUGAGAAUAUUGAUAAAGCUGUUUUAGAUAUAACAAAGAAUGACUGCAGUAUCCGAUGUUUGCAGUGGGUAGAUGAAAACAAAUUACUUUUCGGAGAUGAAGCAGGAAUGUUAUAUUCAGUAGAUAUUCGAUAUGUGGACUCCACACUGAAAUUGUUUGAAUUUCCAGCAGCUGUUCACAAAAUUUUCCUCAAUCCUGAGAAUGACAAAGUAGCAGUAUGCUGUGAUAAUACAACAUUGACAGUAUGCAAUAUACCAGUGGAUGACAAAGCUAAAAUAAUUUACCGCAACAACUCGCACACUAACUUAGUGAGAGGAGUUGCUUGGGAUAUAAAUGAGAGAAAACUUCAUUCAGUCGGAUGGGAUGGAACUGUUAAAUCACACAAUCUUCCAUCAGAUUAGUGUUUAAUACGGAAGUGUGGAAUAUUGUAAAUUAUCUUUAAAGUUACAAAUUUAUUUUUAUGAGAAAACAGCAUUAUAGAUGAGCCACAGUUACUGAUCGUCGCGCUUUUACUUUAUUUUUACAGUCUGUGGCUUUAAUUCGUCUUUUGGAUAAAUAAAAUAACCAUAGAGAGAACAUCGUACUAUAUAAAAGUUAUCGUUUUCAAAGAGGAAAUGUUUUAUAUCAUGCUCAAACAAAUUGUAUUCCGUUAAUAUUUCUCUUAAGAACUUUUAACUUCAUAAAAUAUAUUUUCUUUAAUAAGCUCAAUAUUUUGAAACAUUGAACAUUGGCCCGAAGGCUGUCCAAUAAAGUGAAAGUAAUAUAAUUUAACAAAUAACUUAAAUUCGCUUUGUUCCAAAAAUUAAAAUAAGGAUCUUAUUAUUUUUAAGCUAAUGAAUACCAAUAAAUUUUUAUGCAUAUAGAUUGCCAAGUUUAAUUUGGUCACAAAUUAAAUCAUUCAAAAUCCAUC